AUGUCUCCCUCCCCUCCCACAACCCCACGCACCCAAUGCACCUAUGCUGUCAUCACGCCAACCAAGCGAGCCAUGGCUUCCAUCAUGCACGAUCGGUGUCGCAUGUCAUGGGCAAAGAUCUGUACCAAGUCCCCUUUUCACGAACUGAAGAUCAAGCCACGCGCUCUUGCUAAGAGCAUGAAGAAGGUUGCAGAGCACAACAAUGACUUUUACUUCAACGGCAAGAAGGGUGUAUGUGGGAGGAAGAGGACACUGUCAGAGGAGCAGAUCACGGAGGCCAUUGACAAGCUUGAUUCCGGAGAGCUGGUUGAUGGCGAGCAGGUGAAGCGCAUCCUCUUCCCCAAUGUCCCAUCUCGCACUGUGCGUCACAGUCACUACAGCAUUGCUCUUCCUAACCCUUCCAACUCACAGGUCCGGGACGCACUCACCAAAGCCGGUCUUCCUGGCUUCGCGCAACGACAGAAGCUGCCACUCACCGACAAGCAUCUCACCCAGCGCCAGCAAAUGUACGAGAAGAUCGAGGCUUGGACAGACCCAGAGUUCUUCAAGAUGGGUGUCAUGAUUCUCAGCGACGAGACGAAAAUCAUGCUGGGGUCAUUGGACGGUCGGCGCUGGUGUCAUCAUUGUCAGGGCAACGGUGUGAUGGAUCCUCACCGCGUCCAGAUUGAGGAACGACAUGGGAAAUUCAACUUCAAGAUCAACGUUUGGGGCGCCAUCCAUCCCAAGGGUGUCAGCGACCUUGUGCUUGUCAUUGACAACCUCACCGCUCCCCAAUAUGUCAACAUCCUGACCUGUGCCAUGAUCCCUGUCUACGAGCACUAUGAGAACCGCCAGCACGCAUUCCUGUAUUUCCAGCAGGACAACGACCCAAAACACACCUCGAAGCUUGCCAAGGUGCUCUUUCGUGACAACCAGAUCAAUGUCUUCCCAUGGCCCGCCAAGUCACCCAACAUGUCAACAAUCGAGAAUGCAUGGGCAGAGCUCAAGCAAUGCGCUUGUUCCCACCCCCGCUACAACCAAAUCCGGACCGCCGCCGAGCUUUUUGAGAUUGCACAGGAGGUGUGGAAGUCGGACUCCUUCAAGGAGUAUGUCAUUCAUUUGUAUGAAUCUUUCCCUCGCCGGCUGGUUCAGCUCAAGGAGAACAACUACUAUUGGAUCAACUACUAA